AUGCUAGCCUGCACGCGCGCGAUCUACGCGUCGCUCGGCACCAGCUCGUUGCUCGGCCAGGACGUGAACGGCGCCGGCGCCACGCUGGCCACGGGGCUCGCAAAAAUAGGCCCAAGGUGCUCUACGACGCGUACAUCGCCCCACAUUCAAGCUGAUCAGCAACGGCUCCGCAUCGCAGUAGUCAAACGCCCGCUGGAUCUCAUCAAGGAAGCCAUCGUGUACCUGCACUUCUGCUUUUCGGCCCGAGACGAUGGACUGCGACAAGGCCACUCAGACUGCUUACAGAAGAUCUCUUCACGCGCCAUGCUAGUGGACAUGACGGAGACCGAAACCAUGAUGUUCGGCCUGGCCCUCGCGGACCCCAUGUAUACGUCGGCGGGCGACCUGCAGGUCGACGGCUCGUUCACCAAGGACCUGCGCUUCUUCAGUGGCCAGAAGUCAGCCAUGCACGCGCUCCGUGCCGCCGGUGUGGGCGUCUACAUCAUCGGCGCGUCACCCGAGUUGUACACCGUUGCGGCCGGUAGUUGCUUCGGACUAGGCGACAUGGUGCCCAAGGAGAACAGGUGCGGCGUGCGCUUCACGACGGACGAGGCCGAUGCUUCACUGCUGAGCGACAGGGCCUGCGAGUUCUUUGGCACUACAGAGUCCGGCACCAACAACACCUAUCUCCUGCAGGGCGGGCCUAGCCAUCAGUACGUGGACCACGUCACGUGCCUGCUGGCCGAGGGAUUCAUCAAAAAUGAAAUUCGCAAGAGAGGGAAGGGCUUGAAGAGUAUCAUAUACAUCGCCGAGGUGGCCAUUAUGCUGUUACAUGAACGAACAGCUCGCUGA